GGCCGCAGAACAUAACUGAUAAAGAAAUAAAGAAUUAGAUCUAAGGCUUGAGAGAGUCUAUGCAUGGCAGGUGGCUGCACAAUUCUCUUUAUCUUCUAUUUUCUGGUUUCUACAGUAACAACAGCCACUACAGUAGGCACCAUUAUCCCUGGCCAAGCCAUCAGAAGUGCUGAGAGUACCGUUGUUUCACCAGGUCAAGCUUUUGAACUUGGUUUUUUCACUCCUGGAAAAUCAACUUACCGAUACUUAGGAAUUUGGUACAAGAAACUACCUGGAAAGGAAUAUGACAGAACUGUUAUAUGGGUAGCCAACAGAGAUACUCCCCUCUCAGAUUCCUAUGGAGUUCUAACUAUCACUGAGAAAGGAGUUCUUGUUCUUCGCAAUAGUACAAAUGACACUGUUUGGUCCUCAACUGUGUCAAAAAUUGCGCAUAAUCCAGUUGCUGUGCUAUUAGAAUCAGGAAAUCUUGUUGUGAAAGAUGCGAAUGAGGACAAUAACCCGGAUAACUUUUUGUGGCAGAGUUUUGAUUAUCCAUGUGAUAACUUGUUAUCAGGUAUGAAGCUUGGAGUAAACUUGGUUACUGGUCUAAACAGGUACAUGUCAUCCUGGAAGAGCAAAGAUGAUCCUGCUCAUGGAGAUUUCAAAUAUAUGAUAGAUCCACAUGGGGUUCCACAACUAGUUCUUAAAAAGGGGAAUGCAACUCAAUUUAGGGCAGGUCCCUGGAACGGUCUUCGUUGGACGGGCGUGCCUCAACUGAGAGAAAAUCCUGUUUAUGGAUUUGAGUUUGUUUGGAACGAGAAGGAAGUGUUCUACAGGUUUAAUGUCACUAAUAGUUCUGUCCCUUCAAGGAUGGUGUUAAGUCCAACAGGUGUUACAGAGCGGUUAACAUGGAUAGACCGAAGCCAGAGUUGGAAGCCUUUUUCACGGUUCUCUGGGUUGACACUUGAUCAAUGUGACAAUUAUGCAUUGUGUGGUGCAUACGCUAGUUGCAACAUAAAUAUGAACACUCCAUCAUGUGAGUGUUUGGAAGGAUUCAAACCAAAGUUCCCUGAUGAGUGGAGUAAUUUAGAUUGGUCUAAUGGGUGUGUUCGAAAGACACAAUUGGACUGCAAGAAUGGGGAUGGCUUUCUGAAGCACAAAGGAGUGAAAUUACCUGACACGCGUUCAUCUAGAAUUAACAAGAACAUCAGCCUUUUGGAAUGUGAGAAAUUGUGUUUAAACGAUUGCUCUUGUACAGCAUAUGCAAAUUCAGAUAUUAGAGGAAGUGGUUGCUUGCUCUGGUUUGGUGACCUGGUUGAUAUAAGAUCACUUACCGAGAAUCAACAAGACCUCCAUAUAAGAAUGGCUGCUUCAGAACUAGCUAGUAUUGAAAGAAGAAGACAAUCCAGAAAGAAAAGGAUUGUGAUCAUCAUAGUUACAUCUAUGCUUUUAGCCAUGGUCAUGGUUGUGCUUAUCUGUGGAUGGAUCUUAUAUUUGAGAAAAAAGAAACCCAGGAAUCAAGGCAACGGGAAUGAAGAAAUGGAUUUACCAAUAUUUGAUUGGGCAGCCAUAGCUAAUGCCACUUGCAACUUCUCAGACAAUAACAAACUGGGAGAAGGAGGUUUUGGAACUGUUUACAAGGGUCUUUUAUUGGAGGGGCAAGAAAUUGCAGUUAAAAAGCUUUCCAAAAGUUCUGGACAAGGAAAGGAAGAGUUCAAAAAUGAAGUUAUUCUGAUUGCUAAACUUCAGCACCGAAAUCUUGUAAAGCUUCUUGGCUGCAGCAUGUUAAAAGAUGAAAGAUUGUUAAUUUACGAAUAUAUGCCAAACAAAAGCUUGGACUACUUUAUCUUUGAUGAAGAAGGAAGCAAAUUACUGGAUUGGAGCAAGCGAGUCAGCAUUAUUGGAGGAAUUGCUAGAGGGCUUCUUUAUCUUCAUCAAGACUCCAGACUGAGGAUAAUACAUAGAGAUCUCAAAACUAGUAAUAUAUUAUUAGAUAAGGAAAUGAAUCCGAAAAUUUCAGACUUCGGUCUGGCUAGGAUAUUUGGGGGGAUCAUCAAACAAACAAAAACAAACAACAUAGUAAGUAAGCUUGCAUUUGUUUUAUUAUUCAUCCUUUAUCAUAUUUAGCCUUCCUUCUCUGACACAUCGCGAUGUUUCAGUGGUUAUAUGUCUCCGGAGUAUGCAGUAGAUGGGCUCUUCUCGGUGAAAUCCGAUGUCUUCAGCUUUGGUGUUAUAGUACUAGAGACUGUGAGUGGGAAGAAAAACAGAGGAUUCCACCAUCAUGAUCACCAGCAUAACCUUCUUGGACAUGCAUGGAGACUGUGGAUGGAAGGGAGACCAGUGGAGCUAAUAGAUAAAUCUUUAGAUGAAUCUUCUGCUUUAUCUGAGGUACUACGAUGCAUUCAUGUCGGUCUGUUAUGUGUGCAACAAGCACCAGAAGCCAGGCCAAAUAUGUCAACUGUGGUUCUAAUGUUGAGCGGUGAAGGAUCGUUGCCUCAACCAAAGCAGCCUGGUUUUUUCACAGAAAGAAAUCUGACUGGAUCAGAGUCCUCGUCAAGUAAAGAGAAAUCAUGUUCAACAAACGAAAUCACAGUCUCAUUGAUAGAGGACUCUAUGGGAGGUUUCAUAUUGCUAAUUUUCUCUGUUUUGGUAGUUUCUACCGUGACAACUGCCAUUACAAGAGACACCAUCACCUUUGGCCAGUCUGUUAGAGAUGGUGAAACAAUAGUUUCAGCAGGUGAGGGUUUUGAACUGGGAUUCUUCAGUCCUGGGAAAUCGAAGAGCCGGUAUGUGGGAAUUUGGUACAAGAAAGUGUCAACUGGGACAGUCACAUGGGUUGCCAACAGAGACGCUCCAAUUUCUGACCACUCUGGAGUUUUAAGUAUCACUCAGCAAGGAACUCUUGUCCUUCUCAAUAGCUCAAACUACACUGUUUGGUCAUCAAAUGUAUCCAGAACUGCGAAGAAUCCAAUUGCUGUGCUUUUAGAAUCAGGAAAUCUCGUUGUUAAAGAUGAAAAUGAUGAUAAUAACCCAGAUGGAUUUCUGUGGCAGAGCUUUGAUCAUCUUUGUGACACCUUAUUACCAGGAAUGAAACUUGGAGUAAAUUUGGUUACUGGUCUUAACAGGUUCCUAUCUUCCUGGAAGAGCUUAGAUGAUCCCGCUGAAGGCGAAUUUAAGUCUAUGAUAGAUCCACAUGGGGUUCCUCAACUAGUUCUUCGUAAGGGUUCUGAAAUUCUAUUAAGAGCAGGUUCUUGGAAUGGUCUUCGUUGGACGGGGGUUCCUCAGUUGGAACCAAAUCCAGUUUAUACAUUUGAGUUUGUGUGGAAUGCCAACGAGACAUUCUACAGGUUCAACAUAAAAAACAGUUCAGUCCUUUCAAGGAUGGUGUUGGACCCCUCAGGUGUUGUUCAUCGUCUCACUUGGGUGGAAAGAACCAAAAGCUGGGAAUCGUUCUCGCGGUUCAGUGGUGUGACACUUGAUCAGUGUGAAAAAUAUGCCUUUUGUGGUCCAGAUGCUAGUUGUGGCUUUAAAAUGAACUCUCCUGUAUGCGAAUGCUUGAAGGGAUUUAUACCCAAGUUUCCGGAUGAAUGGAAUUUCUCAGAUUGGUCUGAUGGGUGUGCUCGAAGGACUAAAUUGGGAUGCGAUAAUGGGGAUGGUUUCCUGAAGCACAAAGCAGUGAAAUUGCCUGACACUCGUAACGCAUGGGCUGACAGGAACAUCAGCCUUUCAGAAUGCGAGAAGAUCUGCUUAAAGAAUUGCUCUUGUACAGCAUAUGCAAAUUCAGAUAUCAGAGCAGGUGGAAAUGGCUGUUUGCUCUGGUUUGGUGAACUAAUUGAUAUAAGAGAACUUACUGAUAUUGGGCAAGAUCUCUAUAUACGACUUGCUAGUUCAGAAAUAGCUCGUAUUGAGAGAAGAACACAAUCAAGAAAGAAUAUUCUGGUGGCGAUAAUAGUUUCAUCUAUACUAUUAGCAGCGGGACUGUUUAUGAUAGGAUGGAUCUUCUACAGGCAGAAAAGGGAACUCUGGAAUCAAGGCAAGGGGAAUGAAGAAACAGAUUUACACAUGUUUGACUGGACAACAAUAGCUAAUGCCACCGGCAAUUUUUCUGAGAAGAACAAGCUGGGAGAAGGGGGUUUUGGACCUGUUUACAAGGGUACAUUAGUAGAUGGGCAAGAAAUUGCAGUUAAAAAGCUUUCAAAAUGUUCUGGACAAGGGAAGGAGGAGUUCAAAAAUGAAGUUAUUCUGACUGCUAAACUUCAGCACCGAAAUCUGGUUAAGCUUCUUGGUUGCUGCACUCAACGAGAUGAAAGAAUGUUAAUUUAUGAAUACAUGCCUAACAAAAGCUUAGACUACUUCAUUUUUGAUGAAACUAAAAGCAAAUUACUAGAUUGGAGUAAGCGAAUCAACAUUAUUGGAGGGAUUGCUAGGGGGCUUCUGUAUCUUCAUCAAGACUCUAGAUUGAGGAUUAUACAUAGAGAUCUGAAGGCUAGUAAUGUUCUAUUAGAUAAUGAAAUGAACCCAAAAAUUUCGGACUUUGGCAUGGCCAGGACAUUUGGAGCAAAUCAAACUGAGGCAAACACAAAUAGAGUAGUUGGAACAUAUGGUUAUAUGUCUCCUGAGUAUGCAGGAGAAGGGCUCUUCUCGGUGAAAUCUGAUGUCUACAGUUUCGGUGUUUUAGUACUGGAGAUGAUGACUGGGAAGAGAAACAGAGGAUUUCACCAUGCUGACCACCCCCAUAGCCUUCUUGGACAUGCAUGGAGACUGUGGAUAGAAGGGAGACCAGCGGAACUAAUCAAUAAAUCAUUAGAUGAUUCUUGUGCUUUAUCUGAAUUACUACGAUGCAUUCAUGUCGGUCUGUUGUGUGUUCAACAAGCUCCAGAAGACAGGCCAAGCAUGUCGACUGUGGUUCUGAUGUUGAGUGGUGAAAGGUCAUUGCCUCAACCAAAGCAGCCUGGUUUUUUCACUGAAAGGAAACUACGUGUAUCAGAGUCCUCAUCAAGCUUUAGCAAGGAGGUACCAUCUUCAACAAAUGAAAUGACAUUCUCGCUGAUAGAGGCUCGUUAAAAAGGCCCUACUUCACAGAUAAAGCAAUGUAGUUUCUGGUAAAAUCUAAGCAAAACAAUCUGGAUAAAAGUUCACCGUAUGAUAAAUGUGUUGUCUCUGUCCCAUUCAAUUAUGAACUGUUGGCUAAGCUUUAUUAGUUGAGUAAUGUUAUGUGUACAUACUUUUGAUACACAAUUUCAAUACAUAUAUGAAAUAUCAUCAUGUGAUUGGAUAUUAUUUUAUCUUUAAUCUAAAAUCAUUCAAUCACAUAAUGAUACAUUAUCUGUAUACUUAAAUUGUAUAUCAAAAAUGUAUAUACAUAGUUUUAUUGUUAUUAAUUUCUUUUUUUGGAGAAGAGGUACAGAUGUUCGCUGUAUACCAUUCCUCUCGGUUCCUAAAAAUGAAGUCCUCUUCGCCAAAACUAAUCACUGAUAUAUGUGAAGGCUGCUUACUGUUUUCA